UACCAUAAAAUCCCACCAAAUAAUCCUCUUUGAUUUACAAGAGAACUUUCUUGUAGCCUAGACAAGGUUCUCUUCUUCUAAGUAUCUACCAUUUCUGAGUCUUCUAAUUCUGCUUAAAACAUACCAUCUUUCUCUAUAAAAACUUGCAAGCUUAGAGUUUGGUAACUUGAGAAGAAAUGGAAGACAAGGAUUUAAUUGCCAAAGAUGUCACUCAAUUGAUCGGCAAAACGCCACUGGUAUAUCUGAACAAGGUUGUUGAGGGAUGUGUUGCUCCGAUUGCUGCUAAGUUGGAGGCAAUGGAACCCUGCUCAAGUGUCAAGGAUAGGAUUGGGUAUAGUAUGAUUGCGGAUGCGGAGGAGAAGGGUAUCAUUAAACCGGGUAAGAGUGUCCUAAUCGAGCCAACCAGUGGUAAUACCGGGAUAGGAUUGGCAUUCAUGGCAGCUGCUAAGGGUUACAAACUCGUAAUUACGAUGCCUUCUUCAAUGAGUUUAGAAAGGAGAAUGGUCCUCCGAGCUUUUGGAGCUGAACUUGUUCUCACAGAUCCAGCUCGCGGCAUGAAAGGGGCUGUUCUGAAAGCUGAGGAAAUUCAUGCAAAGACGCCAAAUUCUUUCAUUCUUCAGCAAUUUGAAAACCCUGCCAACCCAAAGAUCCAUUACAAGACAACCGGACCAGAGAUAUGGAAAGGCACAGGUGGGAGGGUAGAUAUACUUGUCUCAGGUAUUGGGACUGGAGGUACAGUAACAGGAGCAGGGAAGUAUCUCAAAGAGCAGAAUCCCAACAUUAAGCUCAUUGGUGUGGAACCAGUUGAAAGUGCAGUGCUUUCUGGUGGGAAACCCGGUCCGCAUAAGAUACAAGGACUCGGUGCCGGAUUCAUUCCUGGUGUUUUAGAUGUCAAUUUACUUGAUGAAGUUAUUCAAAUAUCAAGUGAAGAAGCUGUCGAAACUGCAAAGCAACUUGCUUUGAAAGAAGGAUUAUUAGUUGGUAUAUCAUCUGGCGCUGCCGCUGCUGCUGCAGUUAAGAUAGCUAAGAGGCCAGAAAAUGCUGGGAAGCUCAUCGUUGUGGUCUUCCCUAGCUUUGGAGAACGUUACCUCUCUUCGGUGCUGUUCGAGUCUGUGAAACGGGAAGCGGAAAAUAUGGUUUUCGAGCCUUGAAAUGAUCUAAAUCUUAGCUUCAAGCAUGUGAAUUGUAGUGUGUUUUAUGGAAAAGAUAACCGUCAGGCAGCAUGUCAGUCUUUCUGAUAUCAUUGAUUCUCAAAAUUACUAGUCUAGGCUUUAUAUUGGAUGGAAUAAGGGCAAAUGUUGUUCGAACAAUGUUAUUGAAGCCCCCCUUUUGUGAAAUCAAACAGAAAAUAAGUCAAGUUUCAAUAAGAUCCGUUGUCCAUUUUUUAAAA